GACAACGCAUUCAAGUCCUAAACCACGAAGUAGUCAGAAGCGCAAGUGCGUCUCAACCAUUUGAUCAUUCUCUAUAUCUAAGUAAUCCUGCUCGUAGACAUAAUGAAACGGUUGAGCACGAAUUUCAAUCUUGCUAUUUUCGUCCUCUUCUUGCGACUUUGGCUGCCAUCUACAGCAGCAUUACCAAUUUUUGCUACAAAGAAGUUGAAAACAUUUGAUCGCUUCGAGGAAGUUGGCGACAGAGCACCGGUCAAGACUUUUACUAGUUCCAUGUUUGAACACUGGAGCCCUGAGAAAUCAUUAACAAAAGCCACAGCUUCCGGCUGGAAUUAUCAAGAUACCAACGCUUGGGCGAACUUGCCAAAGUCAGAAUGCGGUGCUAAACAGCAAUCUCCAGUUGACAUUCAACCAAGAUUGAGUGAAAAGAAGGCGUUCCCAAAAUUCACGUUUGAAAACUACGGCAACAUUGACAAGAUGGGAUUAAUUAAUAGUGGAUCUUCCGUGGUGUACAGCUUGCCAAAAGACUUUCCCAAGGACAGAGUGCCAUCUAUCAGUGGAGGUGGGUUGAACGACAUAUACAACUUCGCUCAGUUCCACUUACACUGGGGGGCCAACUCAAAUAAAGGCAGUGAACAUUUAAUCAAUUCUAAAAGUUAUCCAGCUGAGCUGCAUUUGGUUCAUUACAACACCAAGUACGGGACGUUUGCCGAUGCUACCACUCAUUCUGACGGACUGGCCGUCUUGGGGAUUUUCCUAUCGGUAGGUCCCAACGAUAAUGCGUUUUUUCAGCCGCUUGUUGAACAACUAGACUCGGUUAUCACGUCUCAAUUAGAAACCACUUUAACGAACUUGGUUUCGUUCACAAAUCUGCUGCCCAGACAAACCACGUCAUUUUAUCGCUACAGUGGCUCGCUGACUACUCCCCUCUGCAACGAGAUCGUCAUUUGGACGGUUUUUGACAACCCGAUUCAGAUUUCUGAGAAACAGUUGGCUAAAUUCAGGAAACUUAAAGACAAUCAAGCCAAGAGCCUAGUGGAUAAUUUCCGGCCUGCACAGCUGUUGAACGGCCGGAUUAAAUUUUAUCGGUCUUUCACCGGAUGUGAAAUCCCUCAAUCGUGGCCCUUCACUUCGACACCAUUCAUGGAUGCGUUCACAUGGACCACUUGCAUAAUCAAUUUUGCCUUCUCGCCGUGGCAGUAAAAAAAACGAACCUUUUUAUCGAUAUGCACACCGUCUUAUAGAUAAGGCGUAGAUUGCUAUUAUUUAAAAAAUAAAUUAUAAACUUAUAACUUAUAUAUGUAUGGAAUCUUCUAGCGCAUUCAAUAGAACAUCACAUUUUGGCCCUU